GCGGUGCGAGUGCGGAGCGCGCACCCCGGGCGAGGCUGACAGAUCGCCGGAGUGGGUGCAAGAUGGCGCAAGCGGAGCUCCCUCUGCGCCCCCCGCGUUCCUAGGCAGGCAUGCGGCCCCAGCCCCCCGCAGCCCGGGCUCGGCCCCGGCCAGAGCCCCGGCCCCGGCCCCGGCGCCGGCCCCGCGGGACGCUGUAAGCCGCAAGAGGCCCGGGAGCUGCGCGUCGCCGAGCCCAGCGGACCGAGAGCCCCAUGGCUGCGCCGCGCACCGCGUCCCCGCGCCGCCCGCCCGCGCCGCGCUGGCCCCGGCUCCUGCUAUCGCUGCUGCUGCSGCUACUGCUGCCCGCGCCAAGCGAGGGUCUUGGCCACUCUGCAGAACUGGCAUUUGUUGUGGAGCCCAGUGAUGAUGUUGCUGUUCCAGGGCAGCCUGUAGUGCUGGGCUGCAAAGUGGAGGGGACCCCUCCAGUGCGAAUAACCUGGAGGAAGAAUGGGGUGGAGCUUGCUGAGAGUACCCACUCUUCCUUGCUGGCCAAUGGGUCCUUACUGAUCCAUCACUUCAGGCUGGAGCGGGGAGGCAGCCCUUCAGAUGAGGGUGACUAUGAGUGUGUGGCUCAGAACCGCUUUGGACUGGUGGUCAGCCGGAAGGCUCGAAUCCAGGCUGCAACCAUGUCUGACUUCCACGUGCACCCCCAAGCCACCGUGGGUGAGGAGGGCGGCGUGGCCCGCUUCCAGUGCCAAAUCCAUGGGUUGCCCAAGCCUCUGAUCACAUGGGAGAAGAACAGAGUCCCCAUUGACACGGACAAUGAGAGGUACACAUUGCUGCCUAAGGGAGUACUGCAGAUCACAGGACUUCGGGCCGAGGACAGUGGUGUUUUCCACUGUGUGGCUUCGAACAUUGCCAGUGUUCGGAUCAGCCAUGGGGCCAGGCUCACUGUGUCAGGCUCAGGCUCCGGGGCCUACAAGGAGCCAACCAUCCUGGUGGGGCCUGAGAACCUCACCCUGACGGUGCACCAGACCGCAGUGCUGGAGUGUGUCGCCACUGGCAACCCGCGCCCCAUUGUGUCCUGGAGCCGCCUGGAUGGCCGCCCCAUUGGGGUAGAGGGCAUCCAGGUGCUGGGCACGGGAAACCUCAUCAUCUCAGACGUGACAGUCCAGCACUCGGGGGUCUACGUCUGUGCAGCCAAUAGGCCGGGCACCCGGGUGAGGAGAACCGCCCAGGGCCGGCUGGUGGUACAAGCCCCAGCGGAGUUUGUCCAGCAUCCCCAGUCCAUCUCCAGGCCGGCUGGAACCACAGCCAUGUUCACCUGCCAAGCCCAGGGUGAGCCGCCCCCUCAUGUCACGUGGUUGAAGAAUGGCCAAGUGCUGGGGCCAGGAGGCCAUGUCAGGCUCAAGAACAAUAACAGCACACUGACCAUUUCUGGAAUCGGUCCUGAAGAUGAGGCUAUCUACCAGUGUGUGGCCGAGAACAGUGCUGGCUCGUCACAGGCCAGUGCCAGGCUGACCGUGCUGUGGGCCGAGGGCCUGCCUGGGCCCCCUCGCAAUGUCCAGGCUGUCUCUGUGUCGUCCACUGAGGUCCGUGUGUCCUGGAGCGAGCCCAUGGUCAACACCAAGGAGAUCAUCGGCUACGUCCUGCACAUCAGGAAGGCGGCCGACCCUCCAGAACUGGAGUAUCAGGAAGCAGUCAGUAAGAGUACCUUUCAGCACCUGGUGGGCGACCUUGAGCCCUCUACAGCCUACAGCUUCUACAUCAAGGCYUACACACCAAGGGGGGCCAGCUCAGCCUCCAUGCCCACCCUGGCCAGCACCCUGGGUGAAGCUCCUGCCCCCCCGCCACUGUCCGUGCGGGUCCUGGGCAGUUCCUCCCUGCAGCUGCUGUGGGAGCCCUGGCCCCGGCUGGCCCAGCAUGAGGGUGGCUUCAAGCUCUUCUACCGCCCUGCCAGCAAGGCCUCCUUUACUGGUCCCAUCCUGCUGCCUGGAACUGUGUCCUCCUACAACCUCAGCCGGCUGGACCCCAGGGUGGUGUACGAGGUAAAGCUGCUCGCCUACAACCAGCACGGGGACAGCAACGCCACUGUCCGCUUUGUGUCUUUGAGGGGAGCGUCUGAGAGGACAGCUCUGAGCCCACCGUGUGACUGUCGGAAAGAGGAUGCCACCAACCAGACGUCCACCACAGGCAUUGUCAUUGGCAUCCACAUCGGGGUCACCUGCAUCAUCUUCUGUGUCCUCUUCCUGCUGUUUGGUCAAAGGGGCAGGGUCCUCCUGUGUAAGGAUGUGGAAAACCAGCUCUCCCCUCCCCAGGGUCCCCGGAGCCAGAGGGACCCUGGCAUCCUGGCCCUGAAUGGGGUGGGCCGUGGAGAGCGAGGCCAGCUGGGCCGAGGUGAGAAGUGCAUGGACGCCAAGGAGCUGGAGCAGCUGUUCCCCCCAGCCGGGGUGGUGGGGCCAUCUGGCGCCAGGCCCACUCAGGAUCCCACAGCCCCUGUCCCGUGUGAGGAGACCCAGCUCUCCACGCUGCCACUGCAGGGGUUUGGCCCUCUGGACAGGAGGGCGACAGAGGCCAAGACUCCCUGCACAGGCCCUGUGGCUGCCCCGUUGCCCCUGGACAGUGGCCCCCACCUCCUUGGAGAGGGACAGGUGACCCAGCUUUCUGAGGCACCCGCUGCCCAGCCAGCUCACUCCGGACAGUAG